AUGGCGGCGGCGGCUUCGGCCGCGCUGCCGCAGCUGCUCGGGCCUGGCCGGGCGGGCGGCGGGCGCUGCCUGCCCGUACCCGGCAUGGCCGCCAAGGGGGCCCGGCAGCGGCCGCGGGCGGGCGGCGGGGACGCGGCGGGGCGGCGGCCCGAGCCCGCGGGCAGCGAGGAGACGCGGAACGAAUCAUCCGGGAGCAAAGCAGGGCACGUCUGGGCCCCUGAAGGAUCAACAGCUUUCAAGUGUCUCAUCUCGGCCAGGUUCUGUGCAGCUCUGCUGAGCAACAUCUCGGAUUGUGACGAGACCUUUAACUACUGGGAGCCGACACACUACCUCAUUUAUGGGAAGGGGUUUCAGACCUGGGAGUACUCUCCUGCCUACGCCAUCCGCUCCUAUGCUUACCUGUGGCUCCAUGCCUUGCCAGCCUGGUUCCAUGCCAGGGUUCUGCAAACCAACAAGGUUCUCAUCUUCUAUUUCCUGCGAUGCUUCCUGGCCUUCCUGAGCUGCAUUUGUGAACUCUACUUCUACAAGGCUGUGUGCAAGAAGUUUGGGCUGCACGUGAGCAGGCUGAUGUUGGCCUUCCUGGUGCUCAGCACGGGGAUGUUCUGUGCUUCUGCAGCUUUCCUGCCCAGCAGUUUCUGCAUGUACACGACGGUGGUGGCCAUGACAGGCUGGUACAUGGACAGGACCUCGGUGGCAGUGCUGGGGGUGGCUGCUGGAGCCCUGCUGGGCUGGCCCUUCAGCGCAGCUCUGGGGCUUCCUAUUGCCUUUGACUUGUUGAUCCUGAAGAAGAGGUGGAAAAGUUUCCUGAACUGGUGUGUGGUGUCCUUGAUCCUGUUUUUGGUGCCCUUGGUGGUGGUGGACAGCUAUUACUAUGGCAAGCUGGUGGUGGCACCUCUCAACAUCGUUUUGUACAACGUCUUCACCCCCCACGGGCCUGAUCUCUACGGUACAGAACCCUGGUACUUCUAUUUCAUCAAUGGCUUUCUGAAUUUCAAUGUGGUUUUUGUGCUGGCCCUGCUCGUGCUGCCUCUGACCUGUCUGAUGGAGUGCCUGCUGCAGAAAUUCCGUGUCCAGAAUCUGGGCCGUCCCUACUGGCUGACCCUGGCUCCCAUGUACAUCUGGAUCCUGAUUUUCUUCAGCCAGCCCCACAAAGAAGAGAGGUUUCUCUUCCCCAUCUACCCCCUCAUCUGUCUCUCUGGUGCUGUGGCUCUCUCUGCUCUUCAGAAAUGUUACCACUUCAUCUUCCAGCGCUACCGCCUGGAGCACUACACAGUGUCCUCCAACUGGCUGGCCCUGGGGACUGUCCUCCUCUUUGGCCUUCUGUCACUGUCACGCUCUGUUGCCUUAUUCAAAGGCUACCACGGGCCCCUGGACCUGUACCCUGAAUUCCACAGGAUUGCCACUGACCCCAGCAUCCACACGGUGCCAGAGGGGAGGCCAGUCCAUGUCUGUGUGGGCAAGGAGUGGCACAGGUUCCCCAGCAGCUUCCUCCUGCCUGACAACUGGCAGCUCCAGUUCAUCCUGUCAGAAUUCCGGGGCCAGCUCCCCAAACCCUUUGCCAAGGGGCCCUUGGCUACCAGGAUCAUUCCUGCAGACAUGAAUGACCAGAACAAGGAGGAGCCUUCUCGAUAUAUUGACAUCUCCAAGUGCCACUACCUGGUGGACUUGGACACAGCAGCAGAGACCCCCAGGGAGCCAAGGUACUCCUCCAACAGAGAGGAGUGGGUGACCAUUGCCUACAAGCCAUUCCUUGAUGCUUCCAGGUCCUCGCGGCUGCUGCGGGCGUUCUACAUCCCGCUGCUGUCGGAGCAGCACACGCGCUACGCCAACUACAGCAUCCUCAAGGCCCGCAGGAGGCAGCCCAGGAGGAAACUGGGGGGCUAGGACACACCUGGGCCAGCCCAAAAACCCACCCAGAGCGUCUGCUGGCACUCCUGGACAGCCCCCCUGAGCCCCUGCAGCUCCCUGUGGGAAGGAUGGUGCCGGGAGGAUUCCCCGAGCAGCUCUGGCAGCCUCUGCUCCUCCGCCUGAAGCCAUUGGAAAAUCCAGCAGCCACCUGGGGAUGGGCUGUCCCUGCUGCUCCCUGUGUCCCCUCUCACAGCAGAGAAGAGAAAAAUGGAAAAUAAAAUGGCCCUCUUACACCAGAGAAGAGAAAAAUGGAAAAUAAAAUGGAAGAUAAGAUGGGUUAUCCCUGCUGCUCCCCAUGUUCCCACUUACGCCAGAGAAGAGAAAAAUGGAAAAUUCUGCUCCAGGUUGCAAAUGUGGGAAAAUCCAGCUCAAAUUCUCUCUGUCUCUCCCCCACCCACCCCUCUGCUUCUCCCCACCUGCUGUCUUUCACCCAGGGAAGUUUUUUUCAGGUAACAAAGCUUAGGAAUUUUCCAAGGGGAGAAGGAGGAAGGACACCUGGCUGACAAUGAACUGGAAUGCACGGAAUCUCCAGGAGUGAACCAUGGAGCACCACAGAGGAACAGCCAAAGCUGCUCUGUCCAGGAGACAUUUCCAGGGCUAAACCUCUGCUUUUGGGAAGAAAGAACCAAACUGGGACAAUUAUGUGUUUAAUGGGAUCAGUGUUUGUGUUAUCUGUGAAGCCAAGUGUUUGUUUGCUAUUUAUAAUGGUUUUUUCAAGAUCCUUUGACUUCUAGACUUCAGCAUCUUAGAAAUUCUGGAAUCAUCCAGAGAGGAGAAGGAUGAAUCCUUUUUUAUUUUUUUUUCAGUUCUGUUUCCCAGAAUAGCCAGGAUGUGUUACGUGGGUCCAACGUGCCUCAGAGCAGUGCUGUGCUUGUUACAUUUCCAUUUUUAAAUGUGCAGCAUCACCA